AUAAGGCAACCUAAUCAGGGAGAGAUGGGGAGGUCGCCUUGCUGCGAUGAGAAUGGUCUAAAGAAAGGGCCAUGGACACCUGAAGAAGAUCAAAAGCUUGUUGAUUACAUUCAUAAACAUGGCCAUGGAAGCUGGAGAGCCCUCCCCAAGCUCGCAGAUUUGAAUAGGUGUGGAAAGAGUUGUAGACUGAGAUGGACAAAUUAUCUGAGACCAGAUAUUAAAAGAGGCAAGUUUUCAGCGGAAGAAGAGCAAACAAUUCUCCAUCUCCAUUCCAUUCUUGGAAAUAAAUGGUCUGCCAUUGCGACGCAUUUGCAAGGACGUACAGAUAAUGAAAUCAAGAACUUUUGGAAUACACAUCUAAAGAAGAAACUGAUCCAAAUGGGAAUAGAUCCCGUGACUCAUCAGCCAAGAACCGACCUCUUCGCAAGCUUACCUCAGCUCAUAGCCUUAGCAAACUUAAAAGAUCUCAUUGAACAAACAUCACAAUUCUCAUCCAUUCAUGCUGAAGCUGCUCAACUUGCCAAGCUACAAUAUCUCCAAUACAUGCUUAAUUCUCCGGCUGCAUUAACCAACAACAACAAUAGCCCCAGUAGUAUUCUCGAUAUCGAUCAUAACCAUGCCAUGGACCUCUUAAACUCCAUGGUCUCUUGGAAUAAAGAUCAAACCCCGGGUUUUAAUCCCACUCUUGAACUUGAGGGUAACGAUCAAAAUCAAGGCUUAUUUCCAAUUGGUUCUAUAAAUGAUGCUCUAACCACCCAACCACUCCAACAACAAGAAUACCAUUUAAACAAUAGUCAUCCUAGUGAGCUACCAUCACAAGGUGACCCACUUCUUGAUCAUGUCCCUUUCGAUCUCCAAACACCUUUGAAUAGUGAGGAUCACUUUAUAGAUAAUUUGGUCAAACAUCCAAUUGAUCAUCAUGAGCAUGAACAUGAUGAUCCAUCUUCAUGGGUUCUCCCUUCUCUUAUAGACCACAACCCUAAAAAUAUCACGCCUUCUCUUCCUCACAACAAUCCGGAGGAUGCAAGUAGCAGCUCAAGCUUUGAAGGUUGUGACGUUGCGUCGCUUUAUUGGCCUGACUCUUGCUUCGACGAAACCCUCAUAUGAACGAUAUUUCUUAGAUACUCUUGGUUUAGUGUUUUUUUUAUUUUAUUUUUUAUUUUAUUUAUUUUAUUUUUUUUAUUAUUUUUUUUUUUUUUAAUUUCUGUUAUUAGGGCUCUAAUCACAUAUAUACCCACACUGUAGUCGAGUCGAGCUACGUUCCGUUUUGGUGUUUUGUAACUAGAAGGUAUGGUCCGCUUAUCCUCUAUGUUUUGAGUUUAAUUUAUGUAAUUACACACGAGUCACGACGUAUAUGCUAGAAGCUAUGGGUGUACGAAAUCUUAAAAUACACUUAUUUGUGUA